GGCUCCUCCGAAGGCCACACCCCCACGCAGGAGCACUCGAUCCGGAUUGGCUGCGUCGUUGCUAAGAGGUGGCGCCGCGGAAGCUACAGCCGGUAGUACUGGUUCCGGGUUUCUCCGAAGUGCUCAAGUCCCGCAUGUCAGUUCGGUGCUGAAGUGGGCGGCGAUGGCUCUAUUAAUGGAGCAUCAGUUCAGAGAGGUCCUGGAGGAUCAGCAGGUGGACACUGAGUCGUUUCUGGAGGCGGUCUCGCACCUUCCGCCGUUCUUCGACUGCCUUGGCUCUAAAGUCUUCGCUCCGAUCAAAGCAGACAUUGCAGGAAAUGUCUCUAAAAUCAAGGCAGUGUACAGCAGCGACCCCGGCAGAUACACGACCCUGCAGCGGAUUCUACAGGCUGAGAAGGAGACUCACGGCUCCGAGUGGCCCAAGGUCGGCGCCACACUAGCCUUGAUGUGGCUGAAAAGGGGCCUUCGCUUCAUCCAGAUCAUGCUGCAGAGCCUAGCGGACAGGGAGCGCGAUGAGAAGAACCCGGACCUGAUCCGGGUCAAUGCCACCAAGGCCUAUGAGGCUGCCCUAAAGAAGUACCAUGGCUGGCUGGUCCAAAAGCUCUUCACGGCGGCGCUGUACGCUGCUCCUUAUAGGUCCGAUUUCCUGAAGGCCCUGUCUAAAGGUCAGGAAGUGGAGGAGGAGGACUGCCUGGAGCAGAUCCGCCAGUUCCUGGUCAACUUCACAGCUAUAGUUGACGCCAUCUAUGUCAUGUUCACUGCUAUGAACGCCGAACUGGACUACAAGGCUUGAGUCUUCCUCACCGCUUCCUGGAGAUUCCUGCCACUCUGCUGGUUUAUUCUUCCAAUUGGUGUCUUUAUACUUUCUGGUUGAGUCUCUAGUUGCAUCCUCGCUUCCAUUUAAAGACUCGUAAUCCUGUCCCUGUCAUGAUCUUAGGCCUUGCAGCAUAUCAGAUUUUUAAAUUAUUUUUUUGACUGAUACUGUUGACGUCCAGCAGCUGGCAUUCGUCCUCCUCCUGCGCAGUUUGCAUCAUAUAAAUGGUGUCUUUCCACCAGAACAUUUCAGGUCACGGAGAAGCGUCCGGUGGCCAUGGUCCAGUACAGCUCUGUGUAGAACUGGGGGUGUGACAAACUUUUAAUUUUUAUUGCUUGUUAGGUUUUUAUUCCAGUGAUCGUUUUAUCAGAUUGUAUUUUGCAGUCUGCUGGAGUGACUCAGGUUAGUUCCUGGUUGGUUGUGAAAUUGCAAGAUGCUGCUGAGCAGCUUCUGUCGGCAUCCAUGGUGGCAGGAACCUAUUACAUUUUUCUCAUGGGAUGGCCUGUAAUUAGUGGUAACACUGAUUGUCCUUUUUUAAACUACCUGAAUGCUUAAUCUGCUUUGUGCUCUGAUUGCCGCCUUGCCUUUGUUUAUUCAGACGAGCCAGCGGAGGUUGGUUCUAACGCCAGCUGUCUGUUCUGAGGCUCCUCAGUACUUCACCACCGUGCCCAAAAUUGCCCCUGAUGUUGUAGAUGCUCCUGUGUAUGUUUGAAAUCCGAUGGAGCUGAUUACUUGGGUUGACUGCGGUACAGUAACCCCCUUCAUCUGCCGAUGUUUUAGGAAGUGUGACUUUGUGAAAUUUGAUCUUGACUGUUAAAGUAAUUCCUCCCAUAGCCACCAAGCUGAAAGUGAAUUUGGUUUAAGUCAGUGUGUGUUUAGUGUGAGUGGUAAUAGCUUGGUAACUAGCAUGCAAAUUGAUUCUGUUCUGGAUUUUGGGUGACAUUUCGCAGAAAUGCUGCUGUUACAUGAUGUAUUUGCACAUCACUGUUCUGUAGGUUGGUAAUAGUGUGGGAGUUGUGCAAACCCUACAAUUACAGCUACAGGGCCAUUGGAGGCCAUGACAGACAGAAGGUUUGUCAGCUUGAUGUAACUUGUCAUCUUGCCCGUGGCAGAUUCGGUGACCUGGGUGCAGUAGUGUUAAUUUUGCCGUGUUACAGCUUCCGACAGGAGGGUAGAGCAGGAAUUGGCAGAGCGAAUAUCUGAGCAGCUUGAAAUGCUUUAAUCAGAUGGCUCUGCUUACAAUGACAUCUGACUGAUGGUUUCCUUCAAACGAGAGGUUAUGUGUGUGGCCACUCUCAACUGUAUUUUCUUAAACUAAUUUGAUUUGUAUCUGUGCAUAAAGACUGUAAAAAAAAAAAAAAGAAAGUAAUUUUUAUAUUAAUCCUGCUGGGGGGUUUCAGUGGUUGUAACACCAGCAGAUUUUCAAUGAUAAACUGACAGAAAUUUAAAAACGAA